CGCAGGUUGUCGUUCGUCGGUAACACAGUGUGCUCUUAGGAGUCAACGAAGAAGCGCCAUAAAAACGACGACGAUAACGACAAACUUAUAUUAUUAUUAAAUUAAGGGAAAACACCCUUAAAUCAAGUUGGUUUAGUUUUAACUGGGGUUUUCUUCAGUCUUAAAGGGCGUCUAGACGCCCGUUUUAUAUUUUUUUCAAAAAAGAUGCGGUCGACGACUCUUGUUGUUACCGCUUGUGUGCUUUUGGUCGUUGCCACUUUAACACCAUACACAGGGGCUACACCAUACUUUCAAGAUGAAGAUGAAGCUUUGCCGUAUGACGAAGACUACAUAGAUAAUAAUGCGUUGGAUCGACUGUUGCAGUCGGCACAAAACGGCUAUAAAUUUGUGCACACGAAGCGUCAAGAAAAGAGCAAAGAGGAUGACGAACCACGAGCUUGUAUAAAGCGUGGUGGCAACUGUGACCAUCGACCGAACGAUUGCUGCUUUAACAGUUCUUGUCGAUGCAACCUCUGGGGGUCCAAUUGUAGGUGUCAACGCGUCGGACUCUUUCAAAAAUGGGGAUAAACUUAAAUAAAAAGUCACUUAAAAAAAUUAAAGUUAAAAAAUCUCCUUAAUAAAAAUGUAAAAAAUGUAAAGGUGAUUUUUAAUCUUUAAACGUUUACAACGACCACGGCUUCGAAAUCUGGCUAUCGAUUUCAGAAGGAUUUCAAAAAUUAUGUUUUAAAUGUGUGAUGAAUUAUUGUAUUUAAAAAGUACACAUUUCAAAAUGUUCAGAAAAAAACUCUUUCAGUUCUUUAUUUUUCACCAAGAGCUUAAACGUCCGAAACUUUUCUUUUAUUUUAAUUUGUUUUUCUUGGGACUUUGAGUCUUGGAAUUUAGGGGUGAGCCCCUGCCUAAUUGGGGGUUAUUCCAGCCACACCUCCAAAGAGGCAGUGUAUGCUAAAAUACCCCUUUCUAAAAAUAUACAUAAAUGAGAUACAGUCAUUAAAGAAACCUGAACAAAAAUCCAAAAAAAAGUAUAUUUAAAAAAAAUAUAUUAAAAUUAAGAAAAACGUAACGAGAUAAAAAACGAAAGGCAUUGUAAUAUUACUACUGUGUAUGUUUGUAUAGAUGUAAUGUGAAACAAAAUAAAAUUUAAAAAAAUAAGAAAAAAAAUUAAACUGUUUAAAAGAGGACAACGACGAAAGGGACACUCACGGCACUUCUUCCUCUAUCCCCGAUAUUUUUCCUCGUUAAAUAAAAAAAACUUGCAUCUCAACGUUUUCGUCGCGGAAUCGGAGAAGAAUCCGUGCGCCCUUACGUCUCAAAGUACUUAUAUUUAAAAUUAAAUAUUGUAAAAGUAUAUAUUUACUAAAAUACAAUUAGUGGAUUCGAUCCUGUAUAAGAAUUAUAUCUUUCUAUGUGACAAGGGUACACGAUCCAACUGAUUCUGUCAAUAUUAAAUAUAUAUCAAUUGGCCUAA